CUAGCUCUCUCACCCGGCUCAUCCCUCACCAUCCAGGCCAACGCCCAAACACAACUCAAUCUCUCUCCCUCUCCUCGUCUCCAGCUCAGGACGGACGCAGUGUCCUGCACGCCUUUCGUGUAACUUGAGCAGUAAAUAGAUCAAGCUUAGAGUUUUUGUCGAGGACAUUUUCAGAAGUGAUGGCAUCCAAGCUUCAGCAAAUUUCAUCAAAGGCAUGCCAAGUUACACAGUAUCUCACCAAGAAUACUUCUUCCAUCUACAAACAGACACUUGAAAGUAACAAGCAGUAUAUCGUGGAGCCACCUACUAUGGAAAAGUGUGAUGAGUUAUCAAAGAAAUUGUUUUAUACUCGUCUUGCCAGUAUUCCAGGUCGUUAUGAGGCAUUUUGGAAGGAGCUUGAUGGUGUCAAGAAUUUAUGGAAGCAGCGGAAGGAAUUGAAAGUUGAGGAUGCUGGGAUUGCUGCAUUGUUUGGCAUCGAGUGCUUUGCAUGGUUUUGUGCCGGGGAGAUUGUUGGAAGAGGCUUUACUUUCACUGGUUACUAUGUCUGAAAAAUCGACCUCUUUAGCCAAGAACGUAAUAGCCAGAAAUGAAAGUUUUCUAAAUGAUUGAGUGAUGUAAUAAUCUCUACUAUGCACUUCGUCUACACAUCCAUGGAGAGGCCCAGUGAUAUGAAGUUAUGAACCAUGCACCUUUUUUGUUCUCGUUUUCAAUGAUUUAUGGCUACUGAAGUACAAAAAAAGUUAGAGUACCAUCUUGCUUGCAAUUUUAUUUGCCAAAUGAGCAAUAAUGACAUGUUUGGUGCACACGAAUGAGGGAAAGCCA